AAAUUGGUGUUAAAAUUGAGAACGUUGCAGACAUCAUAACAACUAAUAUGUAACUUAUUUUGUUAUGUAAUGCGCGUUUUACUGUCAUUGUUAAAAGACAGCAAUUGUAAAUAUAUUUAUUUUUAUUAAUAAUUAUUUAUAUUAUUUUCGAAAGUAUGAUAUAUUUAUUAUAAAUCUAGGACAGUUAAUAGUUCUAGAACAGUGAACUUACUGUAGCCAGUAUAGGUCAACCUAGAGCAGUUUAUGGACGUUUCGCGCCACUACCAGUUCGUUCCACUGAUAUUUGUGAAGAAAACCAGUAGCCAUUGGAUUGUUUGUUUACUAAUUGGACACUAAAGGCACGUGCUACUAAUUAUUACUUUAGAAGAAACUGCCAUCAACCACCAAAGGAAAAGUGAUAUACCAUCAGUACUGUUCAGUAGGUGCAGCAACAUGAUGGAUGAAAUUCCAGUCCUUGAAGAAGGAUGUGAUGUUCAGGAAAGCAAGAUUAGGCCUCGCUACAGCCUACCUAUGAUCCGACUUACUACUGUUUUUGUAGCCACUGUUUUUCUGGAUGGAAUAGUUUCAAAUGUCCUUUGGUUCACACCUGGUGCAUCAGAUUACUUCAUCGACAGUGUGGCCAAGUAUGCCUUUCUCAGCUCUGUAUUUGACCUUGUCCUUGUGGCUGUCUUGAAGAUUUUAAUCCUCAUUCCAUGUAUAUCUCUUCGAGAGAAACUGGCAUUAAGGCAGAUCCAACAUGGAAGCUAUGUAGAUAAGCAGCACCUUAACUCAGUGUGUUUUGCAGUGCAAAUUGCAGUAUCCCUUGCUGGACUGGCAUUCACAGGUACUAAAGGGGGAAUGGUUUUGUAUGCCAUCGUUCAUGACUCCAAUUAUGUAAAGAUGCACGGAACAUGCGAGGCUUUGCUGAUAUGUGCGCUAGUUUUCUCUCUGGUGGAAACUGGGAUGUUACUUGCUAGCUACAAAGCCUUAGAGAGAUUAAAGGACAUUCAAAUUGUGCACAAUUAUAAUGAAGAUGGCCUUGAAGUGGAUAAAGAUGGCAAUCCUGUUAAAAGAUUGAGCAUAAUGCGACUGUUUUCACUUGCGAGAGAGGAGCUGUUUAUGCUGCUAAUGGGCGCCUUGUGUCUUCUUGUGUCCAGUGGGACCCAGAUGGUGGCGCCACUCUACUUUGGCAAGGUCGUUGAUGCAGCCCAGCAUAGCAUGAGUGAAUUGAAUGAGACAGUGUUCAUCCUGCUGGGAAUCUAUGUGGGGGGCAACUUGUUCAGCAUGGCUCGUUCCUGGCUCUUUACUCUAGCAGGACAGCGGGUGGUUGCUAGGUUACGCAAGGUGCUCUUUCAGUCCAUCAUCAGACAAGAUGUGGCCUUUUUUGAUACAAACAGAACUGGUGAGCUAUGUAACCGGCUGUCCUCUGACACUCAGGUUCUUCAGAAUGCAGUAACAGUGAACAUGUCAAUGCUGUCACGCUACGUGCUGCAGAUGAUUGGUUCCCUGGUGUUCAUGUUCACCCUCAAUGCCUCCCUUACUGGUGUCCUCCUGGCUGUGGUACCCCUUGUUAGUGUUCUAGCCGUCCAGUAUGGCAAGUAUAUGAAGAAGCUGAGGAAGGACUUUCAAGAUCGUCUUGGUGAUGCCGGCACCCAGGCUGAGGAGAGCCUGUCCAGUAUCCGGACCGUGCGGAUGUUCUCUGCGGAAAGCAAGUCAGCUGACCUGUAUGGGGUGGACGUAGACCGGAGCUACCAGGUUGGCAAGAAGCUGGCUGCAGCUGGAGGUGUAUUUGAGGGAGGCGUAGGAGUGCUUGUCUCUGGCUCAAUAGUGCUUGUGCUUUGGUAUGGGGGCAAACUGGUGCAUGACAACUACACAGACCCUAAUAAGGGGAUCACACCUGGAAUCUUGACAGCUUUCUUGUUAUACACCUUACAAGUAGCACUUGCCUUCGCCUUGAUGUCAUCAUUAUAUGGAGAUUUUAUGCAGGCUGUUGGAGCAUCCACGCGAAUAUUUGAACUCAUGGACAGGACACCAAAAGUAUCAAAUGAGAAUGGAAAAAAACUUUCUGAGUUAGAUGGACGUAUUGAGUUCAAGGCUGUAGAUUUCACCUACCCUUCAAGACCUGACACCAAAGUGAUCAAGAACUUUUCUCUGACCGUGGAACCAGGGGAGAUGGUUGCCCUGGUUGGGCCAUCGGGUGGUGGCAAGUCAACCAUUGUCAACCUUAUAGAGCGAUUCUAUGAUCCUGAUCAGGGAAACAUUACACUAGGGGGUCAUAAUCUACGUGAGCUGGACCCGCAGUGGUUCCGUCAGAGGAUUGCCAUGGUGAGCCAGGAACCCACACUGUUUGCCUGCUCCAUCAGGGACAACAUUGCAUACGGCAGGCAGGCCACCAUGGAAGAGGUGAUGGAAGCCGCAAAGGAAGCUAAUGCUCAUGAAUUUGUCAGUGGGUUUGAGGAUGGUUAUGACACGCUGGUGGGGGAGCGAGGCGUCCGUCUGUCUGGCGGCCAGAAACAGCGAAUAGCGAUUGCCAGAGCUCUCAUCAUGGAUCCUGUUAUUCUCCUGUUAGAUGAGGCUACAAGUGCACUUGAUGCAGAAUCUGAACACCAGGUCCAGGAGGCGGUGGACCGAGCCAUGAAGAAGCGGACUGUGGUCGUUAUAGCACACAGGCUGUCUACAGUUCGCAAGGCUGGAAAGGUUGUGGUUAUUGACAAGGGAGAGAUAGCAGAGCAAGGUACCCAUGAUGAGUUGCUGGCCAGGGACGGGGUCUACAAGAAACUUGUACAUCGACAGAUGAUGGCAGGGUUCAGUGCGGAUACCAAUGCUGUGAAAGUUGACACCAGUAUAGAGCCCAGUGCCAGUAGCAAUGCUGUUGAAGCUCACGUUAUAAAUGAUUUAGACUGAAUGGUUUGGUUAAAGUGACUGAAUUUCAAAGGUUCGUGUGAAUUAAUUGAAAGGGUGAAUUGAUUCAUAUAUUGCAAGCAAGAAACAUUUUAAAUUGUGUAUUUGAUCAUGAUCAAUAUGACGUGCAUGUUUAAUUGUGUACAUGCUCAUGGUGAAAAUGAUGAACAUUUUAAUUGUAUACAUGAUUAUGAUGAAAAUGAUGUACAUGUUUAAUUGUGUACACGAUCAUGAUGAAUAUGAUGUACAUUUUAAUAUGUGUGCAUGCUCAUGAUGAAAAUGAUGUAUAUGUUGUUGUUUUUACAAAAGAGAAGAU